AUCUCUUUCUCUCUCUAAAAUUAAGAGCAACAGAAGUAGAGCAAGAGUCCCAAUGGCCACCCUGAACCACCCACGCUCUUCUUUCCACUCCACUCCACCUAACUCCCUUCAAAAUCUUUAAGAAAAGGAAGAAAGUAGUGAUGGCCGUCACCAAAGGAGCGGUUUUCGCGAUAGCGGUCUUCUUCACAGCGGUCUUCUUCACAGCGGCUCAUCUGCCGCCGGAGACUGCGGCGCUGCUGAGGCUGCGAGCGACGCUCUCCGCCAACGCUACCGCAGCCCAAUGUUGCCGGAUGAGCAUUCAGACCUGGGGUUUGCCGGGUCACGAUGCAUGUCGAUGGGAGGGGGUGGACUGUGAUGACGAUGGCCACGUCAUCGGGGUUAGGGUGACGUGGACGUGUGAGAAUUCCUGCUUGUGCCGCCGUUGCCCCACUGGGGCUUCUGCCGUACUUGAGCUGGCCUCUCUCUCACGCCUCAGGAGCCUCUCUCUCAGAAAUUUGGGACUUGGGGGAGUCCCUUUACCAUUCUCAGAACUAUGUGGCCUGCGCAACAUAACCUACCUUGACCUUGCUGGUAACUCCUUCACUGGAAGCUUGGAUCCCUGUUUCCCUUCUCUUCAACACUUGGAUCUCUCUGAGAAUGCCCUUACUGGUCCCAUCCCCUCUUCAAUUGGAGACUUGGUGAAUCUCCAAUAUUUGGACCUCACUGGAAACCAAAUCAACGGGACCUUGCCUCCAACAGUUGGCAAUUUGACAUCCCUUCUUCACCUUUCUCUAUCAAAUAACCUUCUCCAAGGAACCCUACCUCCUUCCAUUGGCAACUUACACUUGCUGCAAAAUUUCUCUCUUUCUAAUAACCAGAUGGAAGGGAGUAUACCUCCAUCUCUCUCGGGUUUAGCUUCCCUUCAAAUGCUUCGUCUAUCGAACAAUAAGUUUGUGGGGGACAUCCCGUCAAACCUCAGUAAUUUGCGAUCUCUCAAGGAGCUGGAUCUCUCAGGUAACAAACUCAACGGGACGAUCCCUCCCUCUGUCGGGGAAUUGCAGUGCCUUCAAAGGAUAUCCCUCUCUUAUAACCAACUUCAUGGGAGCAUCCACCCAUCCUUGGGUAAAUUGGUUCUUCUACAGUAUUUGAAUGCUUCAUCUAAUAGACUCCAAGGAACCAUACCUCCAUCUCUUGGCAAUAUGUCUUCUCUCCAAACACUCGAUUUGUCGAACAACAAGUUCAAUGGUACCUUCAUAUUUGCCACCUUCGCUAAUCUCUCCAACCUCACAGGCUUACACCUUUCAGGCAAUGAGGGGCUAGCAAUCCAAACUGAUUCCCCUUCAUGGACCCCAAGUUUCCAGCUAACCGCCCUUAAACUGUCUCAUUGCAAUCUGGCCAUUAAUUAUGGCUUCCCUCGAUUUCUGGCCACUCAAAAAGAGAGCUUGAUGACACUGGAUCUCUCUAAGACCAACUUGGGAGGAAGCAUCCCUUCUUGGUUGUUCAACAUAACAACUAUCAAAGGCUUGAGGUUGUUCUAUCUACAUGAUAAUUUCUUUAAUGGCUCACUUUCCCUGCCAAUAGUCAUCCAAGACCUUCGCUAUUUAGAUCUCUCCAACAACCUCAUCACCGGUAUUCCAAAAGAUAUCGGCCUUCUUCUUCCCAGUUUGUGGUACCUGAACCUAUCUGUAAAUUCAUUGAGUGGUCGCAUCCCUUCCUCAAUUGGCAACCUCAAGAACAUAGGCAUACUAGAUCUCUCAUUCAAUAAAUACUCAGGGGAAAUCCCUCCUUCUAUGGUGUCAGGGAUGGCUAACCUAGCCACAUUAAGGUUAUCGAACAAUAAAUUGAAUGGGUCGUUCCUGCCUCCUGGACAGCCUUCUAACCUACUCGGCUUGGAAUCGCUACAUCUAGACAAUAACAUGCUCACUGGAACCAUUCCAAAUGAGUUGUUAAGAAGCCCACUUUUGAAAGUCUUGGAUUUGGGUCAUAACCAUCUCACUGGUGGCAUUCCCAAUUGGGUAUCAGGACUCUCCAAUCUGCGGAUACUGAUAUUGAAGAGCAAUGGAUUUCAUGGUAGCAUCCCAAAUGAAGUGUGCCACCUCCAAAAUUUGGCCAUGUUAGACUUGUCACAAAAUGAUCUCCAAGGUUUGAUGCCUCGUUGCUUCUACAAUGUCACUGCUUGGGUCGACGGCACACCAAAGCCACACACAUAUGGACUCAAGCAAUUAUUCAACUACAUAGAAGAGGUGGGGUUUGCUGAUAGGAAUCAAAGGUACAAUUACAUGGGUGUUGUCCUGUCUGUAAUGACAGGAAUCGAUCUCUCAAAAAACCGAUUGAAUGGAGACAUUCCCGAAGAGUUGGGCUCUUUGGAUGGGUUGCACACACUGAACAUCUCUAGAAAUUCAUUAACUGGUGAGAUUCCAAAGUCAUUCCAAGGCUUGCGCCAAAUCGAGAGUUUAGAUCUCUCAUAUAACCAGCUCUCAGGAGCGAUCCCACAUGAGCUUGUUUUGUUAAAUACUCUGGCAGUGUUCUCGGUGGCAAACAACCACUUCGCGGGCAAGAUACCAGUUGAGGGACAAUUCUUCUCAUUCAACAAAAGUAGUUAUGAUGAUAACCCAGACCUCUGUGGAUACCCCUUGGAGCGAAACUGUACAAACUACACAACAAGAGAUGAGGGAGAUGAAGAAGAAGAAGAAGAAGAGACUUCAUGGAUAGAUGGGCCUCUAGUGUACUACUUUUUUGUUGGAUUGUGUUAUACUUCGGGAUUUUGGGGGUGCUUGGGGCUAUUGUUUUUCAAUGGGAAUUUGAAGAAGGCAUUAUUUGAGGACAUCGAUACAGCCAUUUCCUUUCUCCUGUACAUGGCAAUCAAAUUUAAGAGAUUUUUUUGCCCCCUUGGCAGGUCAAGAUGAUGUACCAUGGUUCAACACUUUGAGUUAUGUAUAUUUUACAAUAUUUGUAGCCUAAAAGUUUGUAUGUAUAUUUUUAAGCUUUGCAUGGAUUAAAUGUUGAAUGUGUAAUCGCAUCAUUCAUAGUAUAAUCACAUGAUUCAUAACUUUUACAGUUCA